UUCGACCUCGUGUAGUGAAUCGGGUGUAAAAUGGCUGACGUUCGAUGAAUGAAUUUAAUUGUACCCUCGAUACGUGCACGAUCGAAAGUCUUUGUAGGUAAUAUCAAAGUCCUUUUGCAGUUGAAUUGUAGCAUACGUCAAGGAAAGAUGCCUCCUAAAAAGAAAGAAGAGACGAAAACCACUCCUCUACUGGGCAGGAUUGGUACUUCUUUAAAAUGUGGUAUUGUUGGAUUGCCGAAUGUAGGGAAGUCCACGUUUUUUAAUGUGCUUACAAAAAGCGCGGCAAAUGCUGAAAAUUUCCCGUUUUGUACAAUAGAUCCAAAUGAAAGCCGUGUGCCUGUUCCUGAUGAGAGAUAUGAUUGGUUGUGUCAACAUCAUAAACCUGCAAGUAAAGUACCUGCAUUUCUUCUGGUCACAGACAUUGCUGGUCUUGUGAAAGGAGCAUCCGAAGGCAAGGGUCUGGGAAAUGCAUUUUUAUCACAUAUAUCAGCAUGCGAUGCAUUGUUUCAUGUUGUUAGAGCCUUCGACGAUGAUGACGUCAUCCAUGUCGAAGAUGAUGUGAAUCCUGUUCGAGAUUUGGAAAUAAUAUCAGAAGAAUUACGUAAAAAGGACGAGCAAUUCCUCACAACUAGAAUGGAAAGUAUGGAGAGAAAUGCGUUAAGAGGUGGUGAUAAAAAGGCCAAAGCAGAGUUUGAAAUCUUGAAAAAAAUCCGUGACUUGGUUGCUGAAGAGAAGAAAGAUGUUAGAUUUGGCGUGUGGAACGCUAAUGAAAUCGAAGUGCUUAACAAACAUCUGUUGCUUUCUUCGAAACCUGUCAUAUACCUGGUCAAUCUUUCAGAAAAGGAUUACAUUCGCAAGAAAAAUAAAUGGCUUUUAAAGAUCAAGGAGUGGGUUGAUGCUAGGGAUCCUGGUGCUUUGCUCAUUCCCUUUAGUGGAGCAUUUGAAUCCAAAUUACUAGAUAUGCCAGACGAUGAUCGCGAAGCUUUCUUAAAAGAACAAAAAACAUCCAGCGCGUUAGAGAAAAUCAUUGUCACUGGUUUCAAGACGUUGCAAUUGCAAUAUUUCUUUACUGCUGGCAAGGAUGAAGUUAAAGCCUGGACCAUACAAAAAGGAACGAAAGCACCACAAGCUGCGGGAAGGAUUCAUACGGACUUCGAGAAAGGAUUUAUAAUGGCUGAGGUGAUGAAGUUUGAUGAUUUAAAGGAAUUGGGAAAUGAAAAUGCCGUGAAGGCGGCUGGCAAAUAUCGUCAAGAAGGGAAAAACUAUGUUGUACAUGACGGUGAUGUCAUAUUCUUUAAAUUUAACGCCGGUGCUGGACUGACUGAUAAGAAAGGAAAGAAAUAGCGUCGAUGAAAGCGAUCUGUGGACGUUUUGUUGAUGGCUGAAUUUUACCACGGUACACACCUAACUUCAUCUAGACAAUAAAUAGAAUUUUAAGUUUAGGUGAUCAAUUAUGACCAUCCACUUUCAAGCGCUGAGAAUCGACUCGCGUGCGCAUUAAACUCGUCAAUUUCAUGCUA